UUUUGCUUCAUUGCGCCUUUGCCAAGUUUUUAUUCCCGACGUUCUUCUUCCAUUUAUCCCGGUGCCAUUUUAUCAUUGAUUGAUUCUUUUAUCCUUGAUUUUACCCUAAUUUCAGCCAGAGUUUUAAGAGUUUUUAUCGGCAGACAGAUCCUGUGGCAGUGCAUCCGUUGCACUGAUUUACUCUUCAGAUCGUGUCAAGCUUCGUUGCUGGAUUUUCGAAAUUGGAUGAUUUUGGUCACGUACUCGUACUGAAUUUGUGAGUUAUCAUUGGCCUGGAUCCGCAUUUUAAUAUUGUUUUGUGAUUUUGAAACUGCUUCCAUCAUGUCCAUGCCGUUUGGCGUGUGGAGAACGGCGCUGCGUCUGGCGGCAUGGAACGACUGCCGAAUCUCGGCUCAGCGCUGGUCGCCGAGCUUUCUCACUCAAAAACGCAAUCUCUCCAUAAAUCCCGCUAACGGUUUGGACGAAAUGCAGACGCAGAUACAGGAAACGGCACUGAAAUUCGCUAAGGAAGAAAUGGCUCCGUAUAUGCUGAAAUGGGAUGAAGAGGAAUAUUUCCCCGUGGAGACGUUGCAGAAAGCCGCUCAACUGGGAUUCGCAGCGGUGUACGUGCCCAGUGAGCACGGCGGGACGGGAUUAACGCGGGAAGAUGCCAGUGUCAUUUUCGAAGCACUGGCCCAGGGCUGCGUCAGCACGACAGCGUAUCUCAGCAUCCACAAUAUGUGCGUGUGGAUGAUAUCGCAGUUCGGCAGCGAUGCCCACCGGAAACAGUGGAUUCCCGGCCUGGCGGCCAUGGAGCAGGUGGCCUCGUACUGUUUAACCGAGCCGGGAAGCGGGAGUGACGCGGCGUCCCUAUCCACAACCGCGCGCCAACACGGCGACGAUCUGAUCCUCAAUGGCAGUAAGGCGUUUAUCAGUGGCGGCGGUGAUACGGACGUGAAUCUCGUCAUGUGCCGCACGGGCGCCCCCGGUCCCAAGGGCAUCUCCUGUGUCCUGGUGGAAAAGGGCACCAAAGGCCUAUCAUUCGGCAAAAAGGAGAGGAAGGUGGGAUGGAAUUCGCAGCCGACACGCGCACUCAUCCUGGAGGACUGCCGUGUUCCCAAGGCGAAUAUUCUGGGACGGGAAGGACAGGGCUUCACCAUCGCCAUGAACGGUCUCAACGGCGGACGGGUUAAUAUUGCGUCUUGCUCACUGGGCGGUGCACAGGCCAGUCUGGAAGCCGCGAUCGAUCAUCUCAAAGUGCGGAAACAGUUUGGCCGACCACUAGCUGAUUUCCAGUAUCUGCAGUUCAAAGUGGCGGAAAUGGCCGCGAAUCUCGUGGCAUCCCGCCUGAUGGUGCGCAACGCCGCACGGGCGCUGCAAAAUAAGGAUCCUGAUGCGGUGUCGCUGUGCGCCAUGGCCAAGCUCUUCGCCACGGAUACGUGUUUUAAGGUUAUUAAUCAGGCGCUGCAGAUGCACGGUGGAUACGGAUAUCUAAAGGAUUACCCGGUGCAACAGUAUCUUCGGGAUUGUCGUGUCCAUUCGAUCCUAGAAGGAACCAACGAAGUGAUGAGAAUGCUCAUUUCGCGGGAACUGUUACAAAGUUAAUUAUUUUAAUUGGAAUUGUUUUUAUCGAUUUUAGUUUAGUAAUUUUUAGUUGAAUUUGAAAGCAUAUGAAUUUGUGAUUAUGUUGAUCGGUAAAUCUAAUGCAGAAAUGAUUUUAUUUUUUGAACAUGGUUUUAGCUUAAAAGAUUGUAUGCGGCGAGCUGUUUUGUUUGUUAUCAGUUAUCUCGAAAUGCGUGCUUCUUCUCAUGAAUUAAAUAACAGCCAUUACAGUGGAAUUUAGCUUAUUGUCUUUAUUGUUGAUUUAAAUUCUAAACGGUAAACUGCAAUUUUUGAAGGGAAAUUUUAUCUUUGGAACAAUUUGAAGCUUUUCUUCUUAUAGAAAUUUUUUCGAUUUUCAAUAUCGGUGGCUAAUUAUUUUAGACGGUUGAUGAAUAAUUAAGUUGUUUCGAAGAAAAAGUAUUUUCUGGUAAUUAUAAUUACAACUGG